GGAGAUGGAUUCGAACAAUUUUUUGCUCAAUGUGGGUGAGAUACAUGAAAUCAUAUCUAACACCCCACUGUCUCGUGGUCUCCAGACAGCAUACCUCGUUAUCAGUCUGGUCAUCGCUACAGUUUGCAACAUACUUCUCAUUUUCUUGGUCUGGAAAACAGAGCUUCUACGGAAGCCCCGUCACUACCUACGGUGUAACCUGGCGCUAGAAGACAUCAUCUUCACAGGAUGCAUGAUUCCCUCGGCGAUCUAUUGGCUUUUCAGCGAUUACGUCAGUAUCAGCCGACAUUUGACGUGUGUCGAACCGUUGGUGGUCCCAAUGUCAACAGUGUCAAUGUUUGGUACGUACCUCCUCAUGGCAAUAGAGCUGUACCACUUCAUAUGUCAUCCGCUGCACUACGGUACAAACGUCACUACAAAGCGCGUCUUCAUCGGGAUAGUUUCUGUCAGAGCCUUCGCCUUGUUCUUUGGGGUCGGGCCUACAGUAAUCAAGCGAUUGCAGAACGUCGACGACAAUCUGCUAUGUCAACCAGAGCCUUUCAACAGCACCAGCCCGGCCGCCAUCUUCAGAAACAUUUGCGGACUUUCCGUAGUGCUUGCCGUCUUGGCCAUCCUCAUAAUCUACUACAUUGUCUACAAGGAAGCCAGGAAACAGCAGGAGAGGGAUGAGCAGCGUCACUUGUGGCUUUGCCAGAUCAAGGCCUUCAGAAAACUGGCACCACAUAUCGUUGUCUUAGCUGUGUCUGUGGCAUCCUACCUAUUUCUGGUUGCCUCGGGUCGGGCUGUGCUCAGUGGUGGAGAGAAGGUAUCAACUUCUCGGCUCAUAACAGUCGUAGUGGCCAAUCGGAUCUUCCUGACGGUAUCAUCGAUGGUAAACCCCAUCAUCUACAGCUUCAGGCAGCCAGAGUUCCGACGAGCUCUGAGGGAGUUGUGCGGCUUGUCUAACAGUAACAACAUACCUUUGGUACCACCACCACCACCACCUGUACACCGAGGGCAGGGCGUGGCCGUUAUCAACUUUCCGCGUGAUUCGGUCCACCAUGAUGAAGAGACAUCGGACGAAGCGCUCACGGCAGCAUCACCUUCUCAACAGGAAAACGGAGAACAGGCACCACCUCCCAGUCCAGACCUAACACAGGCAGAGACACAUGGCCAGCAGACAGAGGUACUCGACAAAGGAGCACCUCUUCCUGACCACUGUGAAGACGAGAUGACCCGACCCAACCGACCGGCCGUACUGACCGUACAGGCGGACGUACAUCUCAACCCAACACCACCUCCUGGACGCAGCGGUCUGCCGAAAUCAGCCCCUCCUCAACACGGUCAACAGAUGACAGUGGAAACUUUUGCACCAGAACCAAAAAGCCAGAAAGACGAGAACGUCAUCGAUGUCUGUGGCAAAAAUGAGACGGUAAUCACGAGAAAACGCGUCCCAAAGAUGGCAUGGCAUGAGAGCAUGGUUUGA